AGCAUUCUCUGGAUGAACCGAAACUUUAUGGCAUCUGGAGCAGUGUUAAAUCACUGGAAACCGUGGUCCAGAAAAAUCCUACAUUUGGAUAUCUCUCUAUACAAAACAAUCAGCACGGUUGUGACGGUGAAGGAUGUAAAGACACAGCAAAACAUUACCAAAGACAACAACACUGAUUCAACAAUGGYAAAAGGAAAUCAAACGAUUAGUAAGCAGACARCUGGGAAUAUUACCUGUCAUGGUAUUUUCGUUGGAUCAGAGCAAAAUCGCUCCCGAAAUUCGACGUACACUAAAGUCAAGAUAACAUUAAUGAAACCAGUGCUCAACAACAAACAAAAAUUCCUCGAAAUUGGUUUGAUGGCCGCCGCAACGGUUACUAUGGUGAUGUCAAUGAUCGUUAUGUCGUAUCUAAGGUAA